AUGGCCUUUAGCAUCUCCUUCUACUUCCGGUCUCUCCUUCUUCUAUCCUCCUUCUCUUUUCUCUGCUUCUCCCUCUCCACUGUCUCCAUCUCCAGCACCUCUAAUCAAACCCUCGUUUGUGCUCUCACCACCAACCAAUCGCAUCUCCAAUGUUCCAGUUUUCCACUAAACUCGAUUAGGUUCUCAUUAACCGAUAAUCUCCGGAAUCGUAGGUUUUCCGGUCUUGUCUCCGGGAAUGGAUUUGUCUGCGGGUUGAGAUCGCCGCUGGAUUCCAACACUUCUACACUUCUCUGCUGGAGAUUCUCAGUUAACGGAGCUAACACGUCGUACAAGAGAAUCUACCACGGUCCUGAGCUGGAAGAGUUAGAAGCCGGUGGUUCCCGCAUUUGCGGAGUUGAGAAAGUCUCGAGACGCACACGUUGCUGGCAACCGGUCUCUCUGCCGCCGUCGGAUGAUUACGAUUCCAUCGCCGUCGGAGACAGUUUUCUCUGUGGGUUAUCUAAGCCACCUGGAAGGAUCACCUGUGAAGGAGAAGGUAAUAUAACCAAUAUGCUAAACGGAGACCGAUAUAUCGCGAUUGCGUCUGGGUCAAGACGAGUUUGUGCGAUCACAGUCGACAAUGAUGUGGAGUGUUGGGGACAAACGCAGUCGCCACGUGAAAAGUUCUCAGCGGUUGCGGUUGGGGAUAACCGUAGCUGCGGCGUAAGAUGGUCUAACGGAACAGUUAUGUGUUGGGGAAGCAACAACAGUAACGAUUUCAAUAUGCCUCAGAUGCUUGAGGAGAUUCAUUUCAGUUCCAUUUACGCUAAAGGGCCAAUCUUUUGCGGUGUAGUCACAAAAAACUACACUCUGUUUUGCUGGGGAAGUGAGGAUUUUGAAUCAGGUGUGUUAGCUCCGUUCCAAGGCCGAUCUGUACUUCCAGGACCGUGCAGAAAAGAAUGUCGUUACGGUCCAUUGUCAGGAUCAGAGUCAUUAUGCGGCAACGGAUUGGUGAUUUGCGAUUCGAACGUAAAAGCUAGUGGACUAACGGAUACACCAUUCGCACAAGAGCAUUCUAAGAACAAAACUUGGAGCGGAAGAAACGUUGCGUUUCUGGUGGUUGGAUGCGUUGGAACGUUUUCGUUUCUCCUUGUUAUAAGUUUCUUGGUCUAUAAAAGCCGAUGUCGAUGCCGUGUCCAUGACUCAGGACGUCUCGAUGAUAACAUGAUCAUCGACAAACCCAAGCUGGAGAAGAGGCUAAGCAGUCUAGCUAGUUUAGGGAACCAUAGCCAGCUUGUGGAAUUUUCAAUUGAAGAGCUGGCUCUAGCCACAUACGGUUUCUCUCCCCUGUGCCAGCUCGGGAUAGGCAGCUUCGGCUCUGUUUACAAGGCAGUUUUGUCGGACGGACGUCAUGUGGCCAUCAAAAGAGCCGAGCUCACAAUUCCUGCGUCGUCAGGGAUAACGACGACGAGGAACCGAAACAGACAAGAGGACAAGGACUCGGCGUUUGUGAACGAGCUAGAGUCUAUGUCGCGGCUCAACCAUAGAAACCUUGUUCGACUUUUGGGUUUCUACGAGGACGCGGAGGAGAGGGUUUUGGUUUACGAGUACAUGGCAAAUGGCUCUCUCGCAGAUCACCUUCAUAGCCCUAGAUUCGAACCACUGACGUGGGAGAGACGUUUGAUGAUCGCGCUUGACGCCGCGCGUGGGAUACAGUACCUCCACGAGUUUGCUGUUCCUCCGGUGAUCCACCGUGACAUAAAGUCGUCCAACAUACUGCUGGACGCCACGUGGACAGCUAAAGUAUCGGAUUUCGGACUCUCUCAGAUGGGUCCAACAGAGGAAGACGUGUCGCAUCUCUCCUUACACGCCGCCGGUACACUGGGGUAUAUCGACCCGGAGUAUUACAGGCUUCAGCAGCUCACGACCAAGAGCGAUGUUUACAGCUUCGGUGUCGUGCUGCUGGAACUGCUGUCGGGUCACAAGGCGAUCCACAUGAAUGAGGAGGAGAAUCCUAGAAACGUUGUGGAGUUAGUGGUGCCUUACAUUUUGCAAGAUGAGGUUCACAGGGUACUUGACCGGAGGAUUCCGCCGCCGACCCCGUUUGAGAUCGAAUCAGUGGCGCAACUCGGGAACUUGGCGGUGGAGUGCGUGAUGCCGUGUGGUCGGCAAAGGCCGUCAAUGGCGGAGGUAUUUAGUUACCUAGAGAGGGCUUUGGCUGGUUGCUUGGCGGCUCCACUAUCUAGCCACGUGUAA